GCUGGCGCACGCCUACCUGGAGCUUGGCCGGCGCGAGCCUGGCCUAGGGAAUCCCUUGGAAGCUGCCUGCGAGGUGCUCAGCGCUGGCUUAGCAUCCGGCCGUCUGGUGCGCAGUCACGCCGGGACGCGCGAGAUCGCCGGUCGAGUGCAGAGGGCGCUCUCCCAAGAACUUGGGCGAGUUCUCGUGGCCUUCGAGCGUGGCCGGUUGGAUCGCCUCUGCGCCAGCUGCCAGCCGGUGGCGCCUUCGAACCCACCGCGGCCACC